GUGGACAAAUACAGAUCCAGACUGCUCGUGGCGGGUCCUCGGAGAACUUGACUGUAUUAUCACUAACAAGGUCACCAUAAAAGUGAUAAGAGCAGCAAAAAUUAGAUGCUCGUUAAAGUAUUCCGCCAGAUAACUGCCUUUUGGCUUACUUAUAUUGGUAUGGUAUUUUGAAACUCGGUUUUUCGCAAGACUACAUCAGUCUGAAUUGGGUGCGAAAAAUUCGCGCGUUCCGCCGCCGCUCGGAAUAACAACGUUGAGUGCAUAAAACUUACAUUCCGAAUGUGAUCGGUGAAAGUGUAUCACGACUUAAAAUACGUACGGCCUGAAAAAUUGGCAAACAAUUCAAUUAGUGGAAUUUUUCAGUAGAUCCAACUGAGUGUCGCCAAAAAUGUUGGAAGUUUACACGUCCGACAGUAGCGAUAGUGAUUCGCGCGAACAAAAAACCUUCAAUCUAGGCCGCUCGGGGUUGACCACCAAAAAUGCAGAUGAUGUCCUUCUGGCCCAGUCAGCAAGCAACAAGAAGUCAACGGACAUCGAGACCGUCCUCAUCAACAACAACCGCAUAUCGGACUUCCCAGCCACCAUCCUGAAGUUUGUUAAUCUCAAAGUCUUGGAUAUCAGUUCCAACUCGCUGACUCGCUUGCCGGAGGAAAUUGUGCAAUUGCCGCUGAUUACGCUCAUCGUGAAAAACAAUCUUCUAACAAACAAGUCCCUCCCCAAAAGCCUGAAUUUCAAAAAUGGCAACCUGAAAGAACUGAAUCUCAGCGGAAACAUGUUGACACACUUCCCGGAUCAGGCGCUGGAGCUGAAGUCGCUGCGAUACUUGUACUUAGGAGCCAACAAAAUAUCCAACAUAUCCAAGGAUAUUUGGAAGAUGAGUAGUUUACAGAUAUUAUCAUUGGGAGGCAAUCUGAUUGCUGAAGUUCCUGAGACCGUCGGCUCGCUUCAUCACCUUCAAGCACUUACUCUAUGUGACAAUGCUAUCGAAAACCUCCCAACGAGCAUAGGCGAAUUAAGAAAUUUGAAAUCACUCCUUCUCCACAGGAAUCGUUUAAAACAUCUGCCUAGGAACAUAAUCACUCUCAAGAACCUCACCGAGCUCAGUCUACGCGACAACCCCCUCGUCGUGCGGUUUGUUCAGGACAUGGCUCUAAAUCCUCCGAGUCUUUUGGAACUAGCCGCAAGGACGGUUAGGACAUCGGCAAUCGAAUAUGGUCCACAGGACGUACCGAUGACUUUAGUAGAAUAUCUCCGUUCUGCCAAUUGUUGCGUGAAUCCAAAGUGCAGAGGAGUCUUUUUCGAUAAUCGGGUCGAGCACAUAAAGUUUGUCGAUUUCUGUGGAAAAUAUCGAGUUCCUUUGAUGCAAUAUUUGUGCUCAUCCAAAUGCAUUGAACCGACCCCGUCCUCAUCCCAUAGUGAACCGGGUGCAAGUGGUUAUAUGAUGCGGAAAGUUUUGCUGGGAUGAGGCAAGGUUGUGAAUACUUUUAGAUUUCUUAUUAACUUGAUAUGCUUUUUGCUGACAUUGCUGUUAAGGAUUGCUCAAUACAAUAAAGUUACUUUACGCACAG